AUGUACGCCAACGCUUCAACUAAUACCAGUGCACAGUCAGCACCCGCUCAGUCAUCCGCAGCCAAACCUCUAUCCAUAACCACUUCUAGAGAAGCGUUUGCCACACAAAAGUCGGCGUCAUUUGAUUUGGUCGAUGCCUGCACUCAGGCAAACCUAUCAUACGAUGUGAUUACAUAUGAUUCUGACGAUGAAAUGGUGAAAUCGCGGCGCGGAAUCCCUUUCGGCGGUCUUCGCAACAAAAAGGGUCACCCGAUAUACUCUCGCGAAGACAUACGCGAACAGUACUGUAUCACCAGAAAAGAGUUGGAUGUCUUGGAGCACAAUCUCCGCGACUCGUCGGCCGCC